AUGUCUUGGUGCCGGUUUGGGGCACCCUCAGCCCUGGCCCCAGAGAGGACCCGCCCGCCGUGCAAGGGCCUCAGCGGGUGUGUCGCCCGCAGGUUCCAGGACCCCACCCAGUGGGUGGCCUACGCCGGCACCACGCAGCUCAGCGGCGCCGAGGCCAGCACGGUGCGCGCCCGCGUGGCCCAGAUCAUCCCGCACCCCUCCUACAACCCCGACACCGCCGACUUCGACGUGGCCGUGCUGCGGCUGGCCAGCCCGCUGCCCUUCGGCCGCCACGUGCAGCCCGUGUGCCUGCCCGCCACCACGCACGUCUUCCCGCCCCGCAGGAAGUGCCUCAUCUCCGGCUGGGGCUACCUCAAGGAGGACUUCCUGAUCAAGCCGGAGCUGCUGCAGAAGGCCACGGUGGAGCUGCUGGACCAGGCCCUGUGCGCCAGCCUGUACGGCAGCUCGCUCACCGACCGCAUGGUGUGCGCCGGCUACCUGGACGGCAAGGUGGACUCCUGCCAGGGCGACUCGGGAGGCCCCCUGGUGUGCGAGGAGCCCUCCGGCAGGUUCUUCCUGGCCGGCAUCGUGAGCUGGGGCAUCGGCUGUGCCGAGGCCCGGCGCCCGGGGGUCUACGCCCGGGUGACCCGGCUGCGGGACUGGAUCCUGGGGGCGAUGGCCUCGGCCGGCAAGCCCCUGGCUCCCUCGGCGGCUCCCGCCCCCGCCGCCCCCGGCGCCGCCUGGCCCACCAGCCCCAAGAGCCCGGCGGUCAGCACCCCCAUCAGACCCACGGCGGCCCCCAGCUCCGCGCCUCUCGGCUCAGCGACGGCCUCUAAGCCACAAGAGUGCGGCGCCAGGCCGGCGGUGGAGAAGCCCACCCGCAUCGUGGGCGGGCUCGGCGCCGCCCCCGGGGAGGUGCCCUGGCAGGCCAGCCUGAAGGAGGGCGCCAGGCACUUCUGCGGAGCCACUGUGGUGGGAGAGCGCUGGCUGCUGUCGGCCGCCCACUGCUUCAACCACACGAAGGUGGAGCUGGUGCAGGCGCACCUGGGCACGGUGUCGCUCACGGGCGUCGGCGGGAGCCCGGUGAAGAUGGGGCUCAGGCGGACGGUGCUGCACCCCCAGUACAACCCCAGCAUCCUGGACUUCGACGUGGCCCUCCUGGAGCUGGCGCGGCCCCUGGUCUUCAACAAGCAUGUCCAGCCCAUCUGCCUGCCCCUGGCCAUCCACAAGUUCCCCGUGGGCCGCAAGUGCGUCAUCUCCGGGUGGGGCAACACGCAGGAGGGGAAUGCAACGAAGCCAGACACCCUGCAGCGCGCGUCAGUGGGCAUCAUCGACCAGAAGGCGUGCAGCGCCCUCUACAACUUCUCGCUCACCGACAGGAUGCUCUGCGCCGGCUUCCUGGAGGGCAAGGUGGACUCCUGCCAGGGUGACUCCGGGGGCCCCCUCGCCUGUGAGGAGACCCCCGGCGUGUUUUUUCUGGCGGGGAUCGUCAGCUGGGGCGUCGGCUGUGCUCAGGCUAAGAAGCCCGGUGUGUACGCUCGCAUCACAAGCCUGAAGGGCUGGAUCCUGGACGUCAUGUCCUCCUCGCCCCUCCCCACUCCUGCCUCCUCCACCACAAGGAUGCCCGUCGCCACCACGCAUGUCCCCGGGACGGUGGCCGGCCCCCCAGCCCUGGGGGCCACAGCCAGCAGGCCCACCCUCCGGACCACCAGCAGGACCACCAGCCAACCUGCCAGCAGGACCGCCAGCACCGUGGGCACCCCCGCCGGGGGGCAGACACCGCUCCCAAAUGCCUCGCGGGCCACCAAGGACCCCCAGCUCCCAGACUGCGGCCUGGCGCCGGGGGCAGCGCGGACCAGGAUCGUGGGCGGCAGCGCGGCCGGCCUCGGGGAGUGGCCGUGGCAGGCGAGCCUGUGGCUGCGGCGCCGGGAGCACCGCUGCGGGGCCGUGCUGGUGGCGGAGCGGUGGUUGCUGUCCGCCGCGCACUGCUUCGACGUCUACGGAGACCCCAAGCAGUGGGUGGCCUUUCUGGGCACACCGUUCCUAAGCGGCGCCGACGGGCAGCUGGAGCGCGUGGCCCGCAUCUACAAGCACCCCUUCUACAACCUCUACACGCUCGACUACGACGUGGCGCUGCUGGAGCUGGCAGGGCCUGUGCACCGAAGCCGCCUGGUGCAGCCCAUCUGCCUGCCCGAGCCCGCACCCAGGCCCCCCAGCGGGGCCCGCUGUGUCAUCACCGGCUGGGGCUCCGUCCGAGAGGGAGGCUCCAUGGCGCGGCAGCUGCAGAAGGCGGCCGUGCGGCUCCUCAGCGAGCAGGCCUGCCGCCGCUACUACCCCGUGCAGAUCAGCAGCCGCAUGCUGUGCGCCGGCUUCCCGCAGGGCGGUGUGGACAGCUGUUCAGGUGAUGCUGGGGGACCUCUGGCCUGCAGGGAGCCCUCUGGCCAGUGGGUGUUAACUGGGGUCACCAGCUGGGGCUAUGGCUGCGGGCGACCUCACUUCCCAGGUGUCUAUACCCGGGUGGCUGCUGUGAGAAGCUGGAUCACACAGAACAUCCAGGACUGACCACCCCAUGGCUGUGCAGGCCUGGGAGGACAAGGCAGUCGCAACCAACCGCCAGCGGUCCCACAGGGGGGGUCCAGCCCAGAUGGCGGGUGGGAGCAGUGGGAGUACAGUUUCACUGUAUCUUUGUUCCAAUAAAAAGCCCCUUGUCCCUAACUUACUGGCUCACACACUUGCACAUCACAGCAAGAACUACUUGCUUGCCCAUGACCCAGGGCCUAAAGGUGGGCUGA